ACUCUGUCCUCACACCCAGCGAGGAAAACCCAGCCUGCACCAAACAAAGCCCCUUGCUUCAAAGCACCAUCAACUUUGUCCUUCACAUUCCUUCCAAUAAGCAAUCUUUUGUCUGAAUUUGAGGAGCCCAAAUCCUGAGAAUAUCUCCAGGCAACUUCCAUGGGAACUCCCUGGCUGGAAGGCUCUGAUUCACGGGUGGAGGUCAGAAUUAGCUCCGAGAAUUCCCACUUGUCAUCAUCCCUGCCUGCCCCACCCUUAUUUCAGCAGUUGCUCCAUCAGAACAGCCUGUGCUGCCAGUGCGGCGUCCCCAUCCCGCCCAACCCGGCCAACAUGUGCGUGGGCUGCCUGCGGGCCCAGGUGGACAUCACCGAGGGCAUCCCCAAGCAGGGCACGGUGCACUUCUGCAAGCAGUGCGAGAGGUACCUCCAGCCUCCAGGAACCUGGAUCCAGUGUGCCCUGGAAUCGAGGGAGCUCCUGGCUUUGUGUCUGAAGAAAAUCAAAGCUUCCCUGAGCAAGGUCCGGCUGAUUGAUGCAGGAUUCAUUUGGACAGAACCACAUUCCAAGAGGCUCAAGCUCAAAUUGACUGUUCAGAAAGAGGUGAUAAAUGGGGCAGUUCUGCAGCAGGUGUUUGUGGUGGAGUACGUUGUUCAGUCUCAGAUGUGUGAAGAUUGUCACAGGAUUGAAGCCAAGGAUUUCUGGAAAGCUGUGGUGCAAGUCAGGCAGAAGACUGUGCACAAGAAGACUUUUUACUAUUUGGAGCAGCUGAUUUUGAAGCACAGGCUCCAUCAAAACACACUAAGAAUCAAAGAAAUCCACGAUGGCCUGGAUUUCUAUUACUCUUCCAAGCAACAUGCCCAGAAGAUGGUGGACUUCCUUCAGUGUACAGUUCCAUCCAGAUCCAAAUCGUCCCAACGUUUGAUCUCCCACGACAUUCACAGUAAUGUCUACAACUACAAAAGCACUUUCUCUGUGGAAAUUGUUCCCAUAUGCAAGGACAAUGUGGUGUGCUUGUCACCCAAGCUGGCCCAGAGUCUGGGGAACAUGAGCCAGAUCUGUGUGUGCAUCAGAGUGACCAGCACCAUCCACCUCAUCGACCCCAGAACUCUGCAGAUUGCUGAAAUUGAUGGGAACACCUACUGGCGCCACCCCUUCAACAGCCUCUUCCACCCCAAGCAGCUGGAGGAGUUCAUCAUCAUGGACAUCAACAGGGUCAAUGAGAGGAAAAAAGGUGCUGGGGCAGGAGCUCGGUCAAACAAGCACACUCUGGCUGAAGCCUGGGUCAGGAAAACCUCGGAGCUGGACACAGAUCACCAAUAUUUCUGCUGCACUCACCUGGGGCACAUCCUGAAUCCUGGGGACCUGGUCUUGGGCUUUGACUUGGCCAACUGCAACCUAAAUGAUGAAUUUGCCAACAAGAUGAACCCCCAGCAUAUUCCUGACGUGGUGCUGAUCAAGAAGAGCUACGACCGCUCCAGGCGGCAGCGCCGCAGGAACUGGAAGCUGAAGGAGCUGGAGAGGGACAGGGAAGCCUCAGACACAGAUGAUGAAAGACAAUACCAGGACUUCCUGGAAGAUCUGGAAGAGGAUGAGAACAUAAGGAAAAAUGUCAACAUUUACAGAAAUGCAGAUAUUCCAGUGGAGAGUGACACAGAUGAUGAUGGAGCUCCACGGAUCAGCCUGGCUGAAAUGCUGGAAGAUCUCCACAUUUCCCAGGAUGCCACUGGAGGGGAGGGGGCAGAAAUGCUGACAGAGUAAGAACAGUGCCUUACAUCCAAGAAAUAUUCCCUUGGGGAGCAAAAACUCCCCAGACCAUAAUUAACCACCACAAGGCCAGGAAAAGUGACAAAACUCCCACUGCACCCCAAAAUAACGGCCUGGAAUUCGUAUUUUACAGAUGAUAUUCCAGAGAAUCAGCAAUUAAAGUUCAAUUUCGGGUGGAAGCAUUGCAAUAUAAAUUCCAGAAGUUCCUCCCAUCCCUGAGGGAUCUUUCCAUGCAAUUUCUGCAGUGGAGAAAAUAAGGAAGGAAGUCCAGAGGGAAAGAUUUUAAUGCAGUUUGCUGGAUUUUAGGUAGAGUCCCUACCUACUGUUACAGCUUUAAUUUCUCACAUGGGGAAAGUUUUCCCCAUUUUUUGGCACAAUGGUUUGAAGCCUUUUAUGAUACUGGUAGGUUAUUCCAUAUAUCCAUAUUUGGGGAAGCUCAAGACUAAUUUCUGUUCCCUCACACAAAGAAAACUUCCCUGCAAAGCCCUUGAUCAGAAAGAUUGGAAAAUCCUGUGGAGUGUGAUGAGUAUUGAACUCUGUCCCAUGUCUGGAUCAGUGGAUUAAAAGCAACAUGCUCAGCAAUUAAUUAAUAAACCAGCUAUAAAGGAUUAAAAACCUCUCAAGAUA